CGCUCAUUGACCUCUGACCUGGAUGACGUCACGCUGAAAGUGGGAGGAGUCCAAGUGCAUCUGGUACUUGGUGACAUCACCAAUGAGACAACAGACGUAGUUGUGAACUCGACCAACUUUGUUGACCUACAGUCAGGCGUAUGCAAGGACAUCCUAACUAUGGCCGGACCUAAGGUGGAGACUGAACUGAGAUCAGCCCAUGUGAUCAGAGGAGGGUUGUAUGAGACCAAGCCUGGCCGAUUCCCCUGCAAGUCCCUUCUGCACGUGUGCGGAGAGAGCAACACCACCGUGAUCCAAGGCCUGGUCAGUGACAUCAUGAAGACAUGUGACCAGAAAGGUCACAAGUCUGUGGCCAUCCCUGCUAUCUGUGCAGGUAAGGGGCGUCUGGACCCUAAGCUGGUGGCAGACAGCAUUCUCCAGGGAGUCAAAGCGACGGUGUCCUCCACUCCUCUCCACCACCUCAAACUGGUUCGCCUAGUCCUCUUCAAGAUUGACGUUUUCCUGGCAUUCAAAGGUUCCGCUGAGAUGCUCUUUCCCUCAGGGAAUCUCAAAACAGCUCUCCUGUCUCAGUCCUCCGACCUGAGCAGCCUUCCACCCACAAGCAGCUCCCCAGAGUCCCCAUCUGAGUUCCUUGUGCUGGGCCUGUGUGACGAGAAUGUGUCCAAGGCAGGUGCAGAGAUCAUGAGGCUCUACCAAGACCAGUGCAGCCAACACAGCUUCAAGAGGGAAGAGCUAGAUGGGCUUACCCAAGCCGAGAUAGACGAGAUCAGCAGGGAGGUGGCAUCUCUGAACCUGACCAUGGAACUCCACGGUGGGGGUCAGGGCCAGGGUCAGUCUACCCAGGGCGGAUUCACCCUGAGUGGGCCAAAGGAUGGAGUGAACAAGGUAGUGCAGCAGGUCCAGGGGUAUGUCCACAGUGGUCUGCGCCGGAAGAUGAGGGAGAAUGAGCAGGAGAAGGAGUACUCCCGUGUGACCUGGUGCAUGAUGGGAACCAUGGGCACCUGGGAGAGGUUCCCAAAGGAGGCCAACCUCCAGCUAGAGAAGCAGGAGGUGCAGGGUGGAGUGGUGGAUGGGCUGGGAGGAAACUGGGUGGUGGAUUUGAUGAAGAUGGAGGCCACUGCCCAGAGUUCAGGCAGGGUGACCAAGCUGAAACGUCUGGAGAACAUUGAAGACUUCUGUCUCCCUCUGGAGUGGGACAGUAUGGCUCUGGGAGUGUCCCUGAAGCUGGUAGAGCUGCCCACUUCCUCUCCAGAGUUCCGCAGGGUGAAAGAGGAUUUCAGGAGGUCCGCCUCCAAGAAGACCGUGCUCAAGAUUGAACGCGUUCAGAACGUACACCUGCGGAAAGCCUACGAGGUGAUAAAAAUCCAGAUGGCGGAUAAGAACGGGCUGGGCGGAGUCGCGGGCGAGAAGCUGCUGUACCACGGUACCUCACCUGAGGGAGGCCUGGCCAUCCUGGAGACUGGCUUUAACAGGAGCUUCGCUGGGCAGAACGCCACUUCUUUUGGUAAAGGGACAUACUUUGCUGUGAAAGCCAGCUACUCUGCUAACCCCACCUACUCACGGGCAGACCAGGACGGCAACCAGCUGAUGUUUGUGGCCAGGGUCCUGACAGGGCAGUACACGCUAGGAGACAAAGACAUGAUUAUCCCCCCACCCCGCUCCCCCCAGCUGCCCAACGACCACUAUGACAGCCUGGUAAACAAUGUACAGAAGCCCACCAUGUUUGUCGUCUUUCACGAUGACCAGGCCUACCCCGAAUACCUUAUUACCUUUAAAUGAGGUUGUAGUUUGUAGUGCAAUACUGCAGUAGUAGCCAGGAAAGCUACUUGUAUGAGACUAGUAGUACUGUAAAGGAUAUUAUGGGUUGUAAGGGUUGUAAUGACAGAUUUACUAUGGCCUAUUAAAAUAGACUACUUUUUCAUUUUGUUCUAAUAAAAUUAAUUCUCUCCUCUGACCUUCAUGCCUCAAAAAAAGAGAGAGUCUGACAGUAGCCUGCCACUGUGUGUCUG